UUUUGCAGGCGCCGCCGGUCGGGGCGGGCGCUGCCGCCGCCUCUUCUCCCCGCCCCCCCGGCCCCUGAGGUGAUGGCGGAAGAGGCCGAACCCCGGGGGAGCCCCCAAGCCCCUGGGGGGUCCCCCCCCCUUGCCGCCCCCCCCUCCCCCCACCAAGGGGCGCCCCCCGAGCCCCGGGAGGGGGGGUCCCCCCCCGAGCUCCCCCCGCUGCGGGCGGCGCUGGAGGCGGCUUUGCUGCGGGAACCCGGGGAGGCGACGCUGCCCGAACUGGGCCCCCUUUUGGGGCUCCCCCUGCCCCCCCCGGCCAAGUGCCGCCACCUGGACGGGGUCCGGCUGCUGCGGGACAACCUGCGGCUGGCAGCGGGGGGGGAGCCUCCGUCGGGGCUGGGGGGGCUGCGGACGGCGCUGAGCAUCCUGGAGAAAUACGGGCGCAACCUGCUGCAGCCCCGGCCCCCCCGGCACUGGCGGGGCGUGCGCUUCGGCAACCCCGUCUUCCGCAGCACCGUGGGCGCCAUUCGGGGGGGCCGGGGGGUGCUGCGCCUGCUGGGCUACACGGAGGAGACGGGGGAGGGGCUGAGCUUCCCCCCGGGGCAGGGGGCGCCCCACGGCCCCCGCGUGGCCGCCGUCACCGCCGACGUCCUGCUGCUGCGCGCAGAGCUGGACCUGCUGCUGGCCAACCAGCACCCCAACCCCCAGUUCUUCACCGACAUCCUGGCGGGGGGGGGCGAGGAGCUGCUGGUGCCAGAUUCGCUGCCCAUAAGGGCUGGGGGCGGCCCCACAGGUGGGACCCCCCCUGGCAGCAGCCCCCCGCGGGGAGAGCUCAGCUCCUCUCUCCCCCCGUGGCCACACCAGACCUGCCAGCGCCCCACCUCCGUGGGGCAGCCCCACGGCGCUACGGGGCUGCCCUCCGCAUCCGGGGGGCCGCCCCCCACCUCCGCCGGGCAGCCCCCCAGCUCCAUGCCGCUGCCCCCCACCUCCGCGGGGCGAUCCCCUCCGCCUAAGGGCCAGCCCCACGGCGCUGUGGGGCAGCCCCCCGCAUCUAUGGGGCAGCCCCCCGGCAGCGGCGACUCGGGGGGCUGGGCCUGCGCCUCCUGCACCUUCCUCAACCCCGGCCCCAGCGUCCUCUGCGAGGUCUGCGAGCGCCCCCGCCUCGCCCGGCGGCCCCCCCCCGCCCCACAGGGCUGGCAGUGCCCCCACUGCACCUACUGGAACGCCGCCGCCCCGGGGGGGGGGUGCGAGGUGUGUCAGCGCGGGGGGGGGACGGCGCCCCCCCCGCAACCAGCGCAAGGCCCCGGCCGUGGAGGGGAGCCCCCCCCGACCCCCCCCCCCGGAGCCCCCCCCGGAUCCCCGGCGCCGGCGGCAGCAGCGGCUGUUGGAGGGGGGGCGACGCGUCGUCGCCAUCGUCAGGGCGGCGGAGGCGGCGGGGGUUCCGGCGGAGGCGGUGGUGGGGGCGGCGCUGGAGCAGGGCCCCCCGGCGGGGCGGGCGGUGGGGCGGGCGCUGGCGGGGCUGGGGGCGGCGCUGGGGGCGCUGGCGGGGGCGGCGGAGAGGCGGGGGGCGGCCGAGGCGGGGGGGCCCUUGGGGGCCCUGUCCCUGCGGGAGGCCGCCCGCGCCUGGGCCCGCGCCCACGGCCACCCCCAGCGCGCCCUGCAGGCCGCCAUGGGCCACCGCCGCCGGCAGCUGCGGGUGCUGGCGGCGCUGGGGUUCGGGGAGCGGGCGGCGGCGGCAGGGGCCCUCUACCAGAACGGGGGGGACGCCUGGGGGGCGCUGGGGGACCUGCAGCGCCGGCGGCUCCAGCCCUUCCUGCGCCGCCUCUGGGACCCCCAGCAGCCCCCCUCGACUUCCAGAGCCCCGACCAGCAGGCGGUGGUGCGGCGGGCGCUGGCCACGCUGGGGGGUGGCGAGCUGGGGCCGGGCCGUGCUGGUGGCCAGCCUGGGCCGGGAGCUGGGGCUGGGCCCGCGGGCGCUGGGGGAGCUGGUGGAGGCCGUGGGGCUCUGCCCCGACCGCGCCGCCCUGCGCCGCCGCCUGCGCUGCGAGUGCGCCGUCUGCGGGGGGGGGCUGCCCCGCCAGCAGAUGCAGUGGCUGACGGGCUGCGAGUGCCCGCUGUGCCCCGAGUGCUUCCGCCUGCACUUCACCAUCGGCGUCAAGGAGCGGGGGGUGCGCGACCUGGUCUGCCCCGCCUGCGGCAAGCCCGACCUGGGCGACGAGGGGCAGCGCCUCUGCUACUUCUCCACCCUCGACACCCAGCUGCGGCAGUGCCUGGACCCCGACACCUACCAGCUCUUCACCCAGAAGCUGACGGAGCUGGAGCUGCUGCGGGACCCCAAGUUCCUCUGGUGCAUCCAGUGCUCGUUUGGGUUCAUCUUCGAGGCGGAGCAGGGCCCGGCCCAGUGUCCCCAGUGCCAGCAGCGCUUCUGCCCCCGCUGCCAGCGCCCGCGUGCCCGCGGUGUGGGGUGUGGUUCGCGCUGGCGCGGGGCGGGUGCCUGCACUGCCAGUGCUCCCAGUGCCGCCACCACUUCUGCUGCGCCUGCGGGCACCCCUUCCACCCCAAGGACCGCUGCCCCGAGGAGGGCUGUCCCCUGCGGGGGUCCCUGCACGGCCACCACCCCCGCGACUGCCUCUUCUACCUGCGCGACUGGGAGCCCCCCCGCCUCCAGCGCCUCCUGCGGGAAGGAGGGGUGCCCUUCGACACGGAGCCGCCGGCCGAAGCCCAGCCUGUGCCCGGAGGGGGCUGUGGGGUGCUGGAGCAGAAGGAGACGGGGGCCGGGCUGCGGGACGAGCCCUGUGGCAGAGACAUCCCCCCAGGCCACGCCGGCCUCUGCCGGGGCCACUACACGGAGUACCUGGUGGGGCUCAUCAACGAGCACGGGCUGGACCCGGCGCGUCUCUACUCGCGGGCCGAACUACGGGCGGCGGCAGAACGCCACCUACCGGCCGGGAGGCCGCCCCGCGACCCGGCCGAGAGCGAAGCCGACUACGACCGGCGCCUGCGCCGCCUGCUGGAGACGGAGGCGCCGCUGGCCACGCCCCCCCGCCGCUGACCACGCCCCCCCGCGCCAUUGAAGAACGCGGCGCUGGCCACGCCCCCCCCCUCCCGGCAGGGUCAAUAAAGGCAGCGCUGGCCA